CUUUUGCGAUUUCAAUCAAGCCGAUGCGCUCCUGAAAUCGCGAAGAUCGGAGCUGCGGCAUCGAUCUGCUGAGGAGAAUCGGCGUGAUUCGUAGGAGUUUCCAACCCUAGGCGCUCCAGGAUGAGUCGCGGCCGCGGAAGAGUGCUUCCAGCCCUCGCAAUUGCGGUCUUGAUCUUCACGACGUCGUGCUGGGGGAAAUUUCUAGUGGAGAAGAAUAGCAUCAGCAUUACCACGCCUGACAGCAUCAAAGGUACAUACGAUAGUGCCAUAGGGAAUUUUGGCGUGCCGCAGUAUGGGGGUAGUAUGGUCGGAAAUGUAGUCUAUCCAGAGAAGGGCGCCACGGCAUGCCGGAAUUUCUCGGAGUUUGGCAUCACUUUCAAAGGCCUCAAGAGUGGAGGCCUUCCCACAGUUUUGCUCGUGGAUAGAGGAGAUUGCUACUUUGCAUUGAAAGUAUGGCACGCUCAGCUCGCGGGAGCUGCUGCUGUUCUUGUAGCGGACGACAAAACUGAGCCACUGAUCACUAUGGAUUCUCCGGAGGAAGAUAACGUUUCCGCGGAGUACGUCCAAAACAUAACUAUACCCUCUGCAUUGGUGGAGAAAUCGUUCGGGGACAAGCUCAAGGCAGCUCUCCAAGCGAAGGACAUGGUGAACAUCAAUCUCGACUGGCGAGAGUCAUUGCCUCAUCCAGACGACCGCGUGGAGUACGAGUUUUGGACGAACAGCAAUGACGAGUGUGGACCGAAGUGUGAGGCGCAGCGGGAGUUUGUCAAGAACUUUAAAGGCGCCGCGCAGAUUCUCGAGCAGGGGGGAUACACGCAGUUUACUCCUCACUACAUCACAUGGUACUGCCCCGACGCGUUUAUACUCAGCAAGCAGUGCAAGUCUCAGUGCAUCAACCAUGGCCGCUACUGUGCUCCUGAUCCGGAACAAGACUUCAAUCAUGGGUACGAUGGAAAGGAUGUGGUGGUCGAGAAUUUGAGGCAGCUUUGCGUUCACAAAGUCGCCACUGAGAUGAAGCGUUCGUGGGUGUGGUGGGACUACGUGACCGACUUUCAGAUCAGGUGUCCGAUGAAGGAUAAGAAGUAUAACAAGGAUUGUGCCGAGGAAGUCUUGAAGUCGUUGCGCUUGCCGAUUGAUAAAGUGCAGAAAUGCAUGGGAAACCCUGAGGCUGAUUCAGAGAAUACAGUGUUGAAGGAAGAACAAGAUGCGCAGGUGGGACAUGGUAGCCGCAGUGAUGUUACAAUUCUUCCUACAUUGAUCAUCAAUAAUAGGCAGUAUAGAGGGAAGCUAGACAAAGGAGCGGUGCUGAAAGCAGUGUGUGCUGGCUUUCAAGAGACUACCGAGCCGGCUGUCUGCCUAAGUGAAGGAAUGGAAACGAAUGAGUGUUUGACGAACAAUGGGGGGUGUUGGGAAAAUAAAAAAGCCAAUGUCACUGCAUGCAAGGAUACCUUCCGGGGCCGAGUUUGUGAGUGCCCCGUGGUGCAAGGUGUGCAGUUCGACGGAGAUGGUUAUAGCCACUGCGAAGCUGUUGCCUCUUUACGGUGCAAGAUCGACAAUGGCGGUUGCUGGCACGACACGCGCGAUGGUGUGCGUCACUCGGCCUGUCAGGAAACGCAUACAAAAGGUUGCGAGUGCCCCGCCGGUUUCAGGGGCGACGGAGUGAACCAGUGCGAGGAUGUCGAUGAAUGCAAGAGCAAGCUCGCCUGUCAGUGUAAGGAAUGCCACUGCAAGAACACAUGGGGGAGUUAUGACUGCCAGUGCGACGGAAAUCUCCUCUACAUCAAAGAGCACGACACUUGCAUCAGUGAGUCAAAUCCCUUCCCAAAUCUCUCCUCCUUGUUUUGGCUCAUCCCUGUCCUCUUCCCAGGUAAAAUAAGUGUUACGAGAGUAGGAUGGUCAGCAACAUUCUUUAUUCUGGCGGGCUUGGCCGUUGUUGGAGCUGUUGGCUACGUUAUUUACAAGUAUAGAAUCCGGUCUUAUAUGGAUUCGGAGAUUAGAGCGAUCAUGGCGCAGUACAUGCCUCUGGACAGCCAGAACGAAGUCCACCGCCACCUCGAGGAGGAAGCGUAGUGAUUGAUUGGGUGUAAGUCGAUCGUUCGUUCGUUUGUUGAUGCCAUUUCUCCGUGUGUAACUUUAGAGGCUGUCCCUUUGUUUUUUUCCCAGAACACUUGCGCUGCAUUGUAAACCUGGAGAGAUCAGGCCCCGUCUCUUCGCUCGCUUUCUCCGUUUUGUAUUUCCACUUCGCUCUUGUAGGUAGGCAUUGUACAUAGUACCAGAAUGAAAAAAAAAAAAGAGAAAACUUUAGGAGUACGCAGAGCUGGAUGGACAAUCGACUGGAAAGAUAAAAUAUAAAAACAUUGUAAAGACCUUA